AUGAGCUCGUCCACCGCAGCCACAUCGCCCCUCUACGCGCCGCCGGGCUCGAUCCACCUCAACGACAAGGAGGAGAAAUUUGUCCAACUCCUCGACCAGUUUGCCCGUUCUCUCCAGCCGCCCAUCGAGUGCCGCAUCGCAGGAGGGUGGGUACGCGAUAAGCUGCUGGAUUUGCCUUCGCACGACCUUGAUGUCGCGCUCUCUACCACAUCGGGAUACCAGUUUGCCGUCGACUUUGCCCACUUUCUCCACGCCCACAAUGUCACGACGGGCUCGGUUGGACGUGUCGCCGCCAACCCCGAGCAGAGCAAACACUUGGAGACGGGAACGACGCGCGUAAUGGACCUCGAGUGCGACUUUGUGGGCCUCCGCAGCGAGACGUACAGCGACUCGCGCAUCCCGGACCAGGUCCAGCUGGGCACUCCACUGGAGGACGCAGAGCGCCGUGACCUAACCCUCAACUCGCUCUUCUUCAACGUCCACUCGCGCCAGGUCGAAGACUGGACUCGUCAUGGACUCGAAGACUUGAAGAACAAGGUCGCACGCACUCCCUUGCCCCCACGCCAGACCUUUUUGGACGACCCGCUCCGUGUCCUCCGUGCGGUCCGCUUUGCCAGCAGGUUUGACCUCGCCAUUGAGCCCAGCGUCGAGGCCGCCAUCAAAGACGCCGACAUUCAGACCGCGCUCCAGUCCAAAGUGUCCAAAGAGCGCGUCGGUAUCGAGACUACAAAGAUGAUGCACAAGAACCCCCUCCUCGCCAUCCAGCUCAUCCACAGGCUCGGCCUGCACGAGCCCAUGUUCACCUGCUCCGUCCCACCUCCUCACCCCCGCUCCGAGGCCCUUGCCGCCGCCGAGAUUCUCCACGCGGCCAUUGAACGAGGUGCCGGCGAGGGUACCGAGCUGCUUUGGCUUGCUGCCGCCACUUGCCCUUACCGCGACGCAGAGGUUCCAGGCAAAAAGCCAGUCCCUGCCGUUUCCGCGAUCAUGGCAGAGGGACUCAAGCUCAGUACCGAGCACCGUAAUGGUGUCGCACACCUCUUUGACGCUGCCAAGAUGCUUGACCCUUCGCUCGAAGGCCGCUCGCGUAUCGGUAUAGUUCUCCAGAACACGGCGGUCCGGCCCUGGUGCCAGUCGUUUGUAUGGGCCGUUGUCAUGCGCAUCCUCCCCACCUGGAAGGGUAUGUGGACCAGCGAGCACGACGAGGUUCUUUCAACAUUUUUCAGGUUCCGCGACCACAUCGAGGAGCUCGGUCUGCCAGCUGCUAUUGACCAGCACCCCAUUGUUGAUGGCAAGCAAGUGCAGGCUCUGCUAGAGAUCAAGCCCAGCCCACUGUUCGCCGUCAUCAUGCGCGCGAUCAACGAGUGGCAGCUUGACCACCCAUCAGCAACCGCAGACGACUGCCGCCAGUGGCUCCUGGCCCAGUGGCAAGGCGAUGGUCGAGUCACUUGGGAAGGACAAGUGCCAGCUCCGGUCAACAGGAGCAAGAAGACGGCCAAGAGGUAG